UCUCUGCAACGAUGCUACCCAACUGGGACGACACUGGAGAUAUCCCAGUGGAGACACUCGCACGAUUCGAGAAGGAUGUGAAGCGGACCGACACCGGGUUCCUGGCGAUAGCAACAGAGGUGGAGAAUGACGGAGAGAAAGCCUCGGAAACUCCAGAAAAAAUCAAGGAAUUACUGAAGGAGUUCCAAGACAUUCUUCCUGACGAUCUUCCGGACGAGCUACCGCCAUACCGAACGCAUCAACACGAGAUCGUGGAGGAACCGGGUUCGAAGCCGACCUUCCGAGCACCAUAUCGGCUCAGCCCUACGGAGCUGACUGACAUGAAAAAACAGAUCGAGUAUCUUCUAGCCAAAGGACUCAUCCGCCCAUCUACUUCACUGUACGGUGCCCCAGUACUCUUCACACCGAAACCGGACGGAAGCCUGCGCAUGUGCAUCGACUACCGAGCUCUUAACAAGCAGACCAUCAAGAACAAAUAUCCGAUACCGCGAAUCGAUGACCUGCUUGACCAGCUUCGGGGAGCUACGGUAUUUUCCAAACUGGAUCUGCGGUCCGGAUACUGGCAGAUACGGAUGGCGGACAACUCUAUCCACAAAACUGCUUUCCGAACUCGGUACGGAUCGUAUGAGUAUUUGGUCAUGCCGUUCGGACUCACCAACGCGCCGGCAACGUUCCAAGCCGAAAUGAACCACAUUCUACGAUCACUUUUGGACGAAUGCGUGGUGGUGUACCUGGACGACAUACUCAUCUACUCGCGCGACAUGAAGCAGCACGUCGAUCACCUGCGACGCGUCUUCGAAAUUCUUCGACGAGAACGAUUCUACGUCAAACUAUCCAAGAGCGAAUUCGCCCUCGAAAAGGUCCAGUUCCUAGGACACCUGGUGAGCGCUCAAGGAGUUCACGUCGACCCCAAGAAAAUCGAAGCCGUACGUACGUGGAAGACACCCGAGAACGUGAAGGAGUUGCAGCAGUUCCUAGGCUUCGCUAAUUACUACAACAGGUUCGUGCCACAAUAUGCGAAAAUCGCAGCACCACUCACGAAUCUGCUGAAGAAGAACACGCCCUACAAAUGGGAACCAAAGCACCAGGAAGCCGUGGAGCAGCUGAAACAAGCACUAACAUCCGCACCGGUGCUCAUCUUGCCAGAUCCCGAACGUGACUACGUCAUUGAAGCAGAUGCCAGUGAUCAGGCCGUGGGUGCAGUCUUGAUGCAAGACCAAGGGAAUGGACUGCAACCCAUUGCCUACCUCAGCAAGAAACUGCACGGGGCAGAACUCAACUACCCGAUACACGACAAAGAGGCCCUUGCCAUUGUCAUCGCCUUCAAAGCGUGGAGAUGUUAUCUCGAAGGACGCAGAACAACCGUCUACACCGACCACUGCAGCCUGAAAUAUUUGAAGACACAACCCAACCUUUCCAGGCGGCAGGUCCGGUGGAUCGACUUCCUCGAGACACACUUCCACUACGACAUCGUGUACAAGCCCGGCCACAAGAACAAAGCAGACGCGCUCAGCCGGCCUGCACACGUUGCCGCGAUUCAGGUCGAAGGGAUGAAUCCACUACUCAAGGGACUCUUCACCCACGGGUACGCCAUCGACCCCGAAAUUUCCUUGGCAGAAAAGCGACAUCUGCUACAGUGGGACAGUGACAUCGCGUACCGGAAAGGAUCAACAAAAAUCUGGGUACCCAAUUACCCUCCUUUGCGCCAGUUACUACUCGAAGAAUACCACGACGUCCCGUACGCCGGACACUUCGGUAGCAACAAGACGCUCACCGGUAUCGCCAAACACUACUACUGGCCCCAUAUGGCAGACGACGUCCAGAAAUUCGUCACCUCGUGUGAUACAUGUCAGCGGAUGAAGAGCAGCAAGCAGAAAAAGGCGGGACUACUGCAGCCUCUUCCUGUCCCAGAACAACCAUGGCAAGUGGUUAGCCGGGACUUCAUCACCGAGUUACCACCUACCUCCAGCGGUCAUGACGCCAUCCUUGUCGUCAUUGACAAGUUCUCCAAAAUGGGACACUUCAUCCCGACACACACGACGGCACGCACCGAGGAGACAGCACAGCUCUUCGUUCGUCACAUCAUCUCACAGCAUGGCAUCCCAACCACACUCAUUUCCGACCGAGACCCCAAGUUCACUAGCAAGUUCUGGAAGGAACUUAUGUCUCUGCUCGGCACCAAACUCGCCAUGUCCUCCGCAUACCAUCCGCAGACAGACGGACAGACCGAGCGCCUCAACCAAAUUGUUGAGCAACUCCUCCGAGCAGCCUGCAAGGACGACAUUUCCAAAUGGGACUUGCACCUGCCCGUACUCGAGUUUGCUUACAACAAUGCCACACAUGCCGCUACUGGACAGACGCCGUUCUUCCUCUGCUACGGACGCCACCCACUCACACCACAAAAACCGACAGCAUCAGCAACAGUACAACCUGCACACGACUUCAUCACAACCAUGCAUCAGCUUUGGGAUCGGACCCACAAGCGCCUCCUCGAUAUUCAACAGCAACAGAAGCGCCAAGCCGAUCGCCAUCGCAACGAUCACACCAUCACGGUGGGAGACCAGGUGCUUCUUGACACCCGCAACCUGGACAUCAGCCACCUCCCAUCUAAACUUCGACCUCGCUUCUGCGGACCUUUUCUCGUUGAAGCACAAGUCACUCCUGUUACCUUCCGCUUACGCCUGCCAGCUACCUGGAAGAUUCACAACGCCUUCCACGUCCAACUUCUGAAGUCCUAUCGGGACCCGAACACAAUUUUCGUCGGACGCCAGCCGCCGCCGCCGCCGCCCGUCCUCGUCCGGAACGAACCCGAGUACGAGGUCGAGUCCGUGCUCGCACACCGCCGUCGUCGGAAUGGCACCGUGGAGCUUCUCAUCCGUUGGAAGGGUUAUGAUCCUUCUGAGGACAGCUGGGUCUCUGAGACCGACAUGGGUAACGCCCGUCGUCCUCUGCAUGACUACCUUGUCAAGCAGGUUCACGUCGACCCCAAGAAAAUCGAAGCCGUACGUACGUGGAAGACACCCGAGAACGUGAAGGAGUUGCAGCAGUUCCUAGGCUUCGCUAAUUACUACAACAGGUUCGUGCCACAAUAUGCGAAAAUCGCAGCACCACUCACGAAUCUGCUGAAGAAGAACACGCCCUACAAAUGGGAACCAAAGCACCAGGAAGCCGUGGAGCAGCUGAAACAAGCACUAACAUCCGCACCGGUGCUCAUCUUGCCAGAUCCCGAACGUGACUACGUCAUUGAAGCAGACGCCAGUGAUCAGGCCGUGGGAGCAGUCUUGAUGCAAGACCAAGGGAAUGGACUACAACCCAUUGCCUACCUCAGCAAGAAACUGCACGGGGCAGAACUCAACUACCCGAUACACGACAAAGAGGCCCUUGCCAUUGUCAUCGCCUUCAAAGCGUGGAGAUGCUAUCUCGAAGGACGAAGAACAACCGUCUACACCGACCACUGCAGCCUGAAAUAUUUGAAGACACAACCCAACCUUUCCAGGCGGCAGGUCCGGUGGAUCGACUUCCUCGAGACACACUUCCACUACGACAUCGUGUACAAGCCCGGCCACAAGAACAAAGCAGACGCGCUCAGCCGGCCUGCACACACUUCAUCACCGGGUUACCACCUACCUCCAGCGGUCAUGACGCCAUCCUUGUCGUCAUUGACAAGUUCUCCAAAAUGGGACACUUCAUCCCGACACACACGACGGCACGCACCGAGGAGACAGCACAGCUCUUCGUUCGUCACAUCAUCUCACAGCAUGGCAUCCCAACUACACUCAUCUCCGACCGAGACCCCAAGUUCACUAGCAAGUUCUAGAAGGAACUUAUGUCUCUGCUCGGCACCAAACUCGCCAUGUCCUCCGCAUACCAUCCGCAGACAGACGGACAGACCGAGCGCCUCAACCAAAUUGUUGAGCAACUCCUCCGAGCAGCCUGCAAGGACGACAUUUCCAAAUGGGACUUGCACCUGCCCGUACUCGAGUUUGCUUACAACAAUGCCACACAUGCCGCUACUGGACAGACGCCGUUCUUCCUCUGCUACGGACGCCACCCACUCACACCACAGAAACCGACAACACCAGCAACAGAGAUAGGCCCGAUGGGCUCUAAGCGGUA